AUGUCCAAGCCACAGGACGCAACCGAGCAGAUCAAGUUUCUUGUGUCAUGCAUUCACAAUGCCAGCGCUGGAAAGCCCAAUUUCCAAGCUGUCGCCGCCCAGCUCGGCAUCGUCACUAAAGCCGCUGCCCAGAAGAGGUACGAGCGACUUCUCAAGGCCCACGGCGUGGGCGCCCCGAUCAAAGCCCCUGCCAAGGGCGCCGAGGACCCCGAGGUCCCGGCCAAGACUGGGAAGCGAAAGGCGCCUGCUCGCGCCGCCGGCGCGGGCAAGGCUGGCAAGAAGAAGGCCAAGAAGGACGACGAGUCCGUGGGCUCCGACGAGGACGCCAAGAUUCCCAAGAGUGAAAAGGCGGCAAGCCUUAAUGGCUCGGACUUGACCGAUCCCCCGGCCUCGGGAGACGAAUCCGCCUAG